AUGUACUGCUCGAAGUGGUUCCCAACUCUAUCCCGAACGGCGAACGGAAGAUUGUCGCAUCUCCUUCUGUCCACUGACGUUCAUCAUGACCACUUCGAACCGAUGGCAACCUCAUGGGCAGGCAGUCUUGGUUCUCCAAAUGCUAGGCCUCCCGCGGUCCACCUGAGCGAGAAACUGCAUGCAUUCGCUCUAUAUAAGGAGAGCAGUCAAGUACGUUCCUUAGUAGCCAUCUACUUCUCCUCUCACACUCCGCUCUCUUUCGCGAUGAAGAGCUUGAUCGCUGUGUCAUUAGUUCUCGUCUCCGGAGCCGCUGCUCGCACCUUCACCGUUUACAAUGCCUGCCCUUUCACUAUCUGGCCAGCGAUGUUCACGGACUUGAACGUUGCACCCAACGUCCCUGCUUUUACGACCGGAUGGGAAGCGAAGGCCUGGACCAAAGUGUCCUUCACCGUCCCUGAUAAUUGGAAAGCGGGCAGGAUUUGGGGACGGCGCAACUGCAAUUUCGCCACUAACCCCGGUCCCAACUCUUGCCUCACGGGAGGUUGCAACGGUGGUCUUCAGUGCAACCCUCGCACCGGAACUGGUGUUCCCCCCGCUACUGUUGCUGAAUGGACCUUGGAAGGUGCAGGCAACCAGGAUUGGUACGAUGUAUCGCUCGUCGACGGAUACAACCUUCCGAUGCGCAUCAGCAACAACAAGGGUUGCCCGGUCGCCGAGUGUGCCGUCGACCUCGGUCCAAACUGUCCUGCUCCCCUGAAGGGACCAUACGAUUCGACUGGAUUCCCUGUCGGGUGCAAAUCGGCAUGCUCUGCCAACCUCGACGGUAACCCAGGAAAUUCGCGCAAUUGCUGCUCAGGUAGCUUCAGCACUCCAGCAACCUGCCCGGCCUCCGGUGUUGCCCACUACAGCUACUUCAAAAACAACUGCCCCAGGUCAUACGCAUACGCUUACGACGAAUCAAGCGGCACGGCGUUGUGGACCUGCCCGUCUUCCUCCAAGGCUGAUUACACUCUCACUUUCUGCCCUUGA